CUUUCUGUCUUUCUCUCUCACACACAUUUUUCCUCAUCAAAUUCCCUCAUUUCUCUCAUCAAAGCUGAAUCCACCACUUCCUAAUUUCCACUUCUCUCUCCAUUUCACCCCUCCUCUUCCCACAAAAUUUCAUUCCCACCCCAUCCCUCCACUGUGACCUCCAAAAGCACCCAAUUUCUAGGGUUUCAAGUUCCAUUUCCUUUGCUCUGAAAUCCCUAGCUGAAGCUGUAGAGCUAGCUGAUAUGGAAUCGGAGGACGAGUUCGACAUGCACGACGCCCACGAUGAUGAGGAGCAUGACGCCGUCUCGGUCGAUAAUGAUGACGACGAUUUCUACAGCGGCGGCGACGACGAUGGCACCGCCAACGCCUUCGCUUUCGACAGUGAUGACGCUGACGUCGCCGAUUACGAGUUCAUCGACAACGAUUCAGACGAUUCCGACGACAUCGCAUCGCACCGGCACCAGCAAAACUAUACCAUUUUGAACGAAGCGGAUAUUCAUCAACGACAAGAGGAUGAUAUCAUGAGGAUAUCCACGGUGCUUUCCAUUUCAAAAGUUGCAGCAAGCAUGCUGCUCCGAUACUACAAUUGGAGCGUCAGUAAAGUGCAUGAUGAGUGGUUUGCAGAUGAAGAGAAGGUUAGAAGGGCUGUUGGCUUACUGGAGAGACCUGUUAUUGAAUAUCCAAAUGCUAGAGAGCUGCCUUGUGGGAUAUGCUUUGAUACCUAUCCUUGUGAUAAAAUUCAUGCGGUUGCUUGUGGUCAUCCCUUUUGCAAUUCAUGCUGGGCAGGUUAUAUUGGCACAGCCAUUAAUGAUGGUCCUGGAUGUUUGAUGUUGCGAUGCCCGGAUCCAUCUUGUGGUGCUGCUGUUGGUCAAGAUAUGAUUAAAUUGUUAACUUCUCAUGAAGACAAGGAGAAGUAUUCUCGCUACUUCAUCAGAUCUUAUAUUGAAGACAAUAGGAAGACCAAGUGGUGUCCGGCUCCUGGCUGCGAUUAUGCUGUGGAUUUUAUUGUAGGCAGUGGAAGCUAUGAUGUUACUUGUCGCUGCUCAUACAGCUUUUGCUGGAAUUGUACUGAGGAAGCUCAUCGCCCAGUUGAUUGUGGUACUGUGGCAAAGUGGAUACUGAAGAAUAGUGCCGAAUCUGAAAAUAUGAAUUGGAUAUUGGCUAAUUCCAAACCCUGUCCAAAGUGCAAGCGGCCGAUUGAGAAAAACCAAGGCUGUAUGCAUAUCACAUGCACACCACCUUGUAAAUUUGAGUUUUGCUGGCUUUGCCUUGGAGCAUGGUCAGACCAUGGUGAGAGGACAGGUGGCUUUUAUGCGUGUAACCGUUACGAAACAGCAAAGCAAGAAGGAGUGUAUGAUGAGGCUGAGAAGCGAAGGGAGAUGGCCAAGAACUCCCUAGAGAGGUAUACUCAUUAUUAUGAAAGAUGGGCAACCAACCAAUCGUCUAGGCAAAAAGCACUCGCAGAUCUGCAGCAAAUGCAAACUGUGCAUCUUGAGAAGCUGAGCGACAUUCAGUGCCAACCCGAGUCACAGCUAAAGUUCAUAACAGAGGCCUGGCUACAGAUAGUUGAAUGUAGACGAGUUCUCAAAUGGACAUAUGCGUAUGGAUAUUAUUUACCAGAUCAUGAACAUGCCAAGAGACAGUUCUUUGAGUACUUGCAAGGUGAGGCUGAGUCUGGGUUGGAGCGACUUCAUCAAUGUGCAGAGAAGGAGCUACAAGUUUACCUCAAUGCAGAGGGUCCAUCAAAGGAUUUCAAUGAGUUCCGCACAAAGCUUGCUGGACUGACCAGUGUGACUCGGAACUACUUUGAGAAUUUAGUCCGAGCUCUAGAGAAUGGUCUAUCAGAUGUGGAUUCUCAUGGUGCCUGCAGCAGGACAGCAAGCGCAAAGAGCUUGGGAGGCGGGAGCAGUAAGGGGAGAGGUGGGAGGGGAAAGGGAACGACAUCCACCAGAUCAAGUAGUUCCAGCAGAAAUAUUGAUGAUUCGGGCCGCUGGUCCUGUGAACAUUGCACCUUUUCAAAUGUCAAGUCGGCCGCCAUCUGCCAGAUGUGCCACCAACGGCGGUGAACCUCUCGUGUCCUAUGCAAAUUGAGCCACCCGGACGCGCGGAAGAUUGUGUUUUACCUCUUUGGCUGGCUGGUGUUGAUGGUGAAGAGGCCCUAGUCAGUGGGAUUGUCAUGGAGGAGACAUUCCCAUCGGUAAAAAUGGAGGAGACAUGGGAGGUGAGGGGAGAAAGCAGAAUUUGGAAAUUAAGGUUGGGAUGGGGAGUAGGAGAAAUAACUGUACUGUUUAUGUGGUGUGUGUGUGUAUUGGAUAAUGAGAGGUGUAUAUAGUUGUUGUUGUUUGUCCGACUACUUAUAUAAUCAGUGGAUCGGAUCCCAUGCAAAUGCCUUCAUCUGUAAUUUGAGUUGUAGCAAGCUUUGAAGCGUCCACGUGGGUGGGUUGUUGUAAGAAUGAUCUGGGGUGGGUUAGAGCCUAGAGGGGACAAUGAGUUGUAUUGGCCCCCUCCCCUGUAUGAAUGAAAUAAAAAAAAAAAAAAAAAAAAAUGUCAUGUAAUAUUUAUAAUCCUAUUGAACGCAUGACCCAUCUUCUAGAUUUUUA